AUGCCAGGUGCUUCGGAUCACGAAUGCCCAGACAAGGGCUCUCCAGCAUCGAAGACAUCCUGCACUUCCGAAGUGCUUAAGCAACUGGAAUCUUUAGCCACGAAUGCAAGGCCAAGUCAGAAACUCCGCUUCCCAGAUCGUCUUGUUGAAGCGUUGCUACGAAUCGAGCCCUCCGUCAAUACUCGCGAUCUUGAUGCAAUACGUUUAAUAAUUGAACCGAAUUGGAAAAAGACACUGCAGUCAUUGAAUAACGAUUCCUUACGGUGCUUGUCUUAUGUUUUACUUUGCUCGUCUGCGCCUGCUGAGCAGGAAAGCGGGCUCUACCUUCUACUGGAUGGCAACCAGCAUCCCUGGAGUUCAAAACCAGAGGGAUCUGGCCCAAAACUUCUCCGAUCCAGGAGCAAAUCGCUGUCACUCCAAAAUCGACUCAUUUCAAUUUUGCACACAUUUUUUAUCAAUGAUGGGAACGAUAUUGAGCACCGGAGAUUGGCUGGAAAGCUACUGUUAGAACUACUGCUCGAAUCCAAGGACCACCUGAGUAGCGAAGUUUUUCAUAUACAAGAGCUAAUCAAUGACGCUUCUGGUGUCCUUUGUAGUGAAACGGAUAUCAUUUUGCGAUUUUUCGCCGGGGCUAUAAUCCGAAUUUUACGCCUUUCUGGUGUCGCCAACAGCUUUGGGGCACCGGAAGAUGUAACACAUGGGUCCACACGACUAGAAGGCCUUGGGAAAUUCUCCAAAGACUGGAACGGAUAUUUUCAUCUUUAUACUCUUGAGACCGAGUCACAACAUACUGGAGCGAUGGGCAAGGCUACCCAACCUAAGGUUGACCUAAUGAACUCUUACCAUACCAUUCAAGAGCUCAGAAUUUGUGGGAGAGAGCAUAUCAGGGAGGCUAUCCUUACAGCAAUGACUCCAGACGCUCUUAUAUUUAUAUUCCCUCUCGGCACGGGGCCUGAGCAAUUCCAGUAUAUUGAAAUCCCACUUUGGUGUAUAUCAAAAAGAAAAACCCCUGCUCUGAAGAAAGCUGAGAAUAAAAAAUCUCAGCUGAGGCUGCAUCUCGACAUGGAAAGCCAUGUCUUAAUAAAUGGAAGGGCACACCCAUCAAAUGGAUCAGAUGUCUACAUUACUUCUGACAGUGACUUGACAGCCCUGUGGAAGACCCUCGAUACAGGCAGAAAAAUAGGCCUGCAAAAGUCAAAAAAUAAGAGGUUACCAAGGGGUAAAAUAUCGUCAAUUGUUGUCACAUUGUGCACUGGAGACGAAAUAUCAAUGAAGUCUAUUCAGUAUUGCGAGGAAAUCCGUCAGGGAGAGGGAAGAUCAUCAGAAAACAGCUCGUUUUCAGUGCCUGGUACUAUCGAAGAUAUCAAUGAAAAUACAGAAACCGUUAUUGAAAGCAAAAAGGUAGAUAAUGAACCAGGUUUAACCUGCGAAAAGCCAGCCGAUGAUGGAGCUCUAGCAAAAGGCAGCCAGAGAGACGAAGUUAUUCAAGGAUCCGAAGAAGCUCUUGAACAGCUCUCUGUGAGCAAAGGUGCUUCUGAGCUUCCUUGCAAUAGCCGUGAAAGCAAGAGAAACUCUCCUCAGAAAGAUAGUCCUUACGCAAGCAAUGCAUGUAUCUCAGCUGAAAAGGCGAGAAACGAUGCUCCAGUCUCUGAUGCGACAAAUUUGGCAUCUGUAAUACAGAUGCAGCAUAGCUCAUUAAGCGAUACAGCCGGUGAAAAUGAUAAAGCUGGAGCAAAGUCAGAAAAAGGGCCACUCCCUCAAAGGAAUGUUGACUCAGUCCAGAGGAAGUCUUCAGGAAAUCGCCCAAGGAAAACCAAGUCAUCAACAGAACGGAAGGGAAGAACAAGGUUCCUGGACACGCAGGAAUCAUUGAUUUUUCCCCGUUCGAGGCGUCCAAAACGGAAGGUAUACACGGUUCACUCCAAGCCCGCUGUUGACUGGGAUGAACAUCUUCGACCGAGCGAUCAAGGCGACGACAUGCUAGCCGCUAAAGAUCCCGAAGUAACUUCUGUCUCAUCUCCAUCACCUGGUGAAAGCAGCAUAUUUGAUAAAUCAUCAAAAAAUACCACAAGGAAAAGGAAAGCCAAAGGAUGUCAAUCAGCCGAAAAAGGUAAGAAGCCAAUUAAAAAGAAAAAGACAAACUGCGACCCAAGAAGCGAGGAAGCUGCGAGAUCGCCUUUAGUGUCUACUGGGACGAAUGCCAGAAAUAGAAGAAACAAGGUUAGUGUGAGCGACACCAAGGAUGAUAACGAGAAUGAUUUGUCGAUGACCCAUGGGGAUACACAUGAGAGUGAUAGAGACUAUGAAAUGGAUGAUGCUGAGCUCUCACUCGAGUAUGCACCUCAUCUUGUACUUCUAAAUGAUGAUUCGGCUUCAGUCCUCAAAGAAGACAAUUCCCCUUUUCUUCGCGAGACACAGUGUGAUUUUCCGAACAGUGGAUCUGAAGAAGAGAAUCAUACUUCGGACGGUCAUCGAAAGACUAAAAGGCUGAAGGGUGACACUGAAAGCGAUUGGGAUGUGGAAGAUCAAUUGAAAACAGAUACCAAGACUCAGGCGCAAGAGGAUGCUAAAGCAGGCAGAGGACAAACCGUGGGGGAGAAACUAGCAGCUGCUCUCUGCGAGGGAAACAUUCGCCCAGAUACUCAGACAGUUCACGGGCAUAACGGGGACGAUCCCCCCUUAGUUUGUGAGAUGUCCCAGGAGAAAAUUCCCAGGCUCACUUCAUCUAUCGAAGAUGGUACAUGCUUUGCAGGAAAUAAAUGCGGAGAUAAACUGGUUGAAAAAGAUGGGGAUCAUAAUACUCCUCGAACGAGAUUGGACCUGAAAGAAAAUGUGGAAUUUCCUGCUAUUCCAGAGACUACAGUCUGUGCAGUAAACAGAGACCUCACACAUGAAAAGACAGCUCCAAAAUCACCAGAUGAGAAGAGCAAAAACGAUGCCCAAGCCACCGAAUUCGAGAGGCUCUCCACGAAGAAUAAGAGCAGGACUACUAGUCCUGAUUCAAUUGGCGAACCAGGGGAAAUACAAACUAUGUCGACUGCGCCAGUCACCCAGAGCCAGAGCCAGUCCAAUAUAAUUGCUCGUCCUCGUCUUUCGAGCGAUGCAAGUCACCGAUCAGCCAAGAGUCAUAAAGCCAUUGAUAUGGGGAAAGCAAACGACAAGAGCAGCAUACUUGGAUUGAGCAAUAAGGAAAAGGCAUACUUGGCUCUCGACCCAGAAAACCCGCUGGUUGAAUAUGACCGCGAGAAACCCGACAGCGAGAAAAUCACAGCCAUUUGUCUCUCGAAAGGCUCCCAGGAUGAAUCAGCUUCUAUUUCUGGAAGUUCCCAGUCAUCCCCAAAGAGAACUUUAGUGGAUGAGAACGGAAGCCCCCGACGCAUUUCCCGAAAAUACAUCCAAUAUCAAAGUUCAAGCGAGCUUGAAACUGAACUGCGACAGCCUGCACAGUUGGAUAAAAGCUUACCGAGGGAUGUAAUUGAACAAGGCGGCAGCGAGUCUGGGUACGAUGGAGAUUCUGAUGGCAAUGAUACUGACGAAUCUCCCAUGAUCAAGGAUGUUGUCUCAACAUUCCGCAGGAAGAUUGUUUCUCAAUUUGGAGAAGAAUCACUAGGGUCUCUAAAUACCCGAAUUUCACUUACUGGCAACCAGGAUAUGCCACAUUAUGCCUUCAGCAAAAUGAAGCGUCCUCCAUGCUUCGUGGACCGCCUCAGAGCACCCGAAAUACCUAACAUACCCCAAGCAACAGCAAGAGAAUUGGGAGCAAAUAUCGGAGACAACGACCCUAAAAGCCCUACAACAGUGCCAAGUCAAUUUCCAUCAAUGGAAUACCAAGAUCCUGUGCAAUUGGAUCACGGGAUGAAAGAAAUGAGCAAGCCUGUCCGAGAGAAGCAUUACCAGGGAAAAUGGCAUAGUUCAUUGCAUAUGAUUCAAAAAAGCGCACAGGACAUUAUGAACCAGACCAAUGAGCAUCUCAUGCGCCACGCAGAAGAUGAAAAGAACACAGUCAGCCGAGUCCUGGAAAAUUACCGAGAGGGAUGUCACCGUGUACUCGACCAAUUAUUUGAGGCACAGGAGCAAAGAAUUGAAUUAUAUCGGCAGCAGAUGAUAACCGUCAAACAGCACCACGCGGGCCUUUGUCGGGAUCUCAUUCGUCGGCUUGAGGAAAACGAUAAACGGAUCCAAGAGAAGGUAUUGCACAUGGAGAACUCGAUGCUUUCCCUUGUAGGAGGAAACGAGCCCCAGUCUGCAGAAGAGCUUUUGGGCAGCUACAGACGGAAAACUUACACGACUGCCAAUGGAAAUUUUCAUAUUUCGCAUUCUCCAAGUGAUGGCUUUGACGAAUCAUCUUCGACUUCGGGUUGA